CCUCCUCAGUGGAACUUGCAAUAAGGAGUUUUCUCUGCUGCACAUUUGUGGCUUCUGUGCACAUAUUAGUAACCGGUGGUUUUAGCUUCUAGUCUCCCAGAGUUGCCAAAGCGGUUAGAAGUCAUUUGGAAAGCCUAUUAGCCGAAUCUUUCUGAUCCAGAAGGCCAGCUGGCUUCUCCUGAGGUACUUUCGAAAUUUGCAGCAACCACUGAUCCUGGUCCAGGUGCAUGGGGAAGACGCUGAGGGUAUAAACCCAAACACUGAACCUGAAGACCCAGCUCAAAGUAGAAACUGAAAGUACCCUGCUUACUCUGCCGGCAGAUCUUACGGAAGUUAUGGCAAAGCCAGAGCGCCCGGGUGGCCGGUGAUGCACGCGACCCUCCUGGGAUGGAUGGACCAGGCGUGGCGUGAGUAAGAGGAGUCAGCUGCCUGGACUGCCCUGCCCAGCACCGGCUUGCGGCCACUCGGCGGAUGACCGGGGUCCUGGGCGUGAUUAUGGGUGGUGAGAGCCCGCUCCUGCCGCAGUCCCAGUCAUCAUGACUACAGCCACCUCCCGCAGACCAUGUUCCAUGUUUCUUUUAGAUAUAUCUUUGGAAUUCCUCCCCUGAUCCUUGUUCUACUGCCUGUCACAUCAUCUGACUGCCACAUUAAAGACAAAGAAGGCAAAGCAUACGAGAGCGUGCUGAUGAUCAGCAUUGAUGAACUGGACAAAAUGACAGGAACCGAUAACAAUUGCCCGAAUAAUGAACCAAACUUUUUUAAAAAACAUCUAUGUGAUGAUACAAAGGAAGCUGCUUUUCUAAACCGUGCUGCUCGCAAGUUGAAGCAAUUUCUUAAAAUGAAUAUCAGUGAGGAAUUCAAUGUCCACUUGCUAACAGUUUCACAAGGCACACAAACACUAGUGAACUGCACAAGCAAGGAAGAAAAAAACUUAAAGGAACAGAAAAAGAAUGAUCCAUGUUUUCUAAAGAGACUGCUGAGAGAAAUAAAAACUUGUUGGAAUAAAAUUUUGAAGGACAGUAUAUAAACAGAACAUGUAGUAGCAAUAUCCAAGAGUCUACUGGUUUAAUACUUGGAGAGGUUGAAACCCUCUCAGAAACUUCUGGAUGCCUUCUGGUCAAAUAAACUGAGCAGCUGGGCCAUGAGAAGUGCAGCUACCUGCUGCAGUCAGCAUAUACAUAUGGAAAUAUAUUCACUGUACUGAUCUGUAAAGCAACCACGUCAUCUGUAAUGCUUUUAAAGCCUUUCUAAAUAUUUCUAACAGUAUCAAGUCUACAAAAUUCAAGGCUACAAAGAUUCAGACUCACCACUGUUUUGUUAGCAAAAUGACGGUGUGGUCAACCAUGCAUCAGUGAUCCACUGAAGGAGUCAAACAGUCUGUUAUAGAGUGAAGAUACUGGAGGGCUCACCGUGAUGGAUAAUGCUCUUGAAAACAGGAGUCGUAUCUUAAAGCAGCAGCAGCAAAAAGAAGCUUAAAGCACUUAAGGCAUCAACAAACGUCAUUAAAUAUGAAUGUAUAACACAUAACUUCAGUAAAGAGCACAGCAAAUAUUUUUAAAUAAAAGUAUUUUUAAAGAUAGAAAUGCACUUAGUCCAAAGAUACUGAAUCUUAGUAUUCAAUCACUUUUGUCAUUUAAUGUAUAAUAAAGCUUGUAUA